CAGGCGAACGUUGGGGAGUAAUGGCGGCGUGCCGGGGGUCUUCGUCGAAAUGGUUUUUCACCCGGGAGCAGCUCGAAAACACGCCGUCCCGCCGAUGUGGAGUAGAACCAGAUCGGGAGCUCUCUUACCGACAGCAAGCGGCAAAUCUGAUCCAAGAUAUGGGUCAAAGACUCAACGUCUCUCAAUUAACAAUAAACACAGCAAUUGUUUACAUGCAUAGAUUUUAUAUGCACCACUCUUUCACCAAAUUCCAUAGAAAUAUAAUAUCUCCAACUACCCUAUUCUUGGCUGCAAAAGUGGAAGAGCAACCUCGGAAACUCGAACAUGUAAUCAAAGUUGCACAUGCUUGCCUAAAUCCACAAGAACCGCCUCUAGACACAAAAAGUAAUGCAUACCUCCAGCAAGCUCAAGAGCUGGUGAUACUUGAAUCCAUAGUGCUGCAGACCCUGGGCUUUGAAAUAACUAUUGAUCACCCACACACUGAUGUGGUGAAAUGUACCCAGCUAGUGCGAGCAAGCAAGGAUCUGGCACAGACUUCCUAUUUCAUGGCUACCAACAGUCUGCACCUCACUACCUUCUGCCUCCAGUACAAGCCCACAGUAAUUGCCUGUGUGUGCAUCCAUCUGGCGUGUAAGUGGUCCAACUGGGAGAUCCCAGUUUCUACUGAUGGGAAACACUGGUGGGAGUACGUGGACAGCUCUGUCACGCUUGAGCUGCUUGAUGAGUUGACCCAUGAGUUUCUGCAGAUUCUGGAGAAAACCCCCAGCCGACUAAAGCGGAUACGCAACUGGAGGGCAACACAAGCUGCCAAAAAGCCUAAGACUGAAAACGCCCAGAUGACUGACAACUCAUUUGCUGGACCAUCACUGGCCCAGGACCAAGCUGAUGCCUCACUUCCUGGAAUUCCUUCUUCCAGCCUAGGUUUUUCCAAAGCAGGCUCCGCCUUUCCCGUGCCCAUGCCUGGCCAGUCCAGUGGAGCACCUCUGUCUCUGGACACCAUCGCUGCCGCAUACAAUCCAGGAAGCCACAGUGAAUGGCCUCAGAGCAACCAGAGCCAACUAGGAUAUUCUACCACUUGUAUAAAACAGGAACCCCUUAGCAUCUCUAUCCAAGAGGCUUUGCAAACCUCUACUUCCUCUUUGCUUCAGCAUCCAGUGGUUUUCAAGACUGAAAAAAUAGAUUUCAACCCAGUCAAACAAGAACAAAAGGGAGCUGGUGGGAGUGGAGCUGCUAAGCAUCAACUACCACCUCAGUCUGCUUAUCCUCCACCAGCCCAACCUUCUCCAGCUCAGAAGCUGUCACUAGAUAAAUACAGAGAGAAACAUGCUGCAGAGCUGGCCAUCUCUGGGCAGAAACGUAGGCAGGAACAGCAUGGUGGAGUAAUGGACUGCGAUACAAGGGGGGAUUUGUUGUCCUCCUCCUCUAGCUAUGCACCAUCCACUAUGAGCCAAAUAGACAAUAGAAAACAUUCACAGUCCCACCAAACAUCCCAUGGUGGUGGUGGCAGCACCACUGCUUCCCCAAUGAAAAUGAAAGUCCCUUCCUCCUCAUCUUCAGGCCAAGAUAGGCGCCAUCAUAGUGACAAACGGGACAAAAGCUUGCUUAAAGUCCGCUUGGCUGUGCCUGGGUCCAGUGGCGGUUCCCAGAUGGAUAAGAGCAGUCAACAGAGCAAAGACGAGCUUAAGAUGAAGAUUAAAGUGUCAUCCUCUGAGCGCCACAGCUCAUCAGAUGAAGGCGUGGGCACCAACAACAAGAGUAAAUAUUCCAGUCCAGUGGUAAGCAAGGAGAAACACCGUGGAGCCGAGCACAACCUCCAUCGCCACCACAAACACAGUCACCCCCAUAUACACAGUGGCAAUGGUCGAGGAAGCACGGAGGGCUCAGGUGGUGGGGUAGGCCUGCUGCGGGGUCCUCCAGGCCUCAUCAACAUGGAAGGAACAACACAUGGUCCUCCUGGAUCCACCUCUUCAUCCUCAGCACGCAAGAGGGCAUAUCCUGAGGCUAGCCACAACCACCACCCUUCGUCCUCAUCCAUCAGUUCUAGCUCUAAAGUGAGCAAAAGCUCCAAGGGUGGCUCUGGUGCUCCAGGUACUUCAUCUUUUUCUUCCCCCUCUUUUCCUCCUUGCUCCUCUCCUGUUCUGCAGUGUGUCUCAUCUGGCUUGCAGCUCUAUGGCUAACCUCCCUCCCUCCAUCCCACCCUCCUCCUUCUCCUUAUUCUUGUUUCUCCUCCUCCCCUCCUGUCACACCCAGGUGGGCUGCGGACCUCUCAGCAGUACCCUCCUCCUAGCGAAUCACCACAUGAAGUGGGAGAGCAGAGACACUGAAUCCACCACUCUGCAGCCAUGGCCAGCACAUGAAAAUGGCAACAAACUACCCACAGUUCAAACUUUGAAGACUAUGCUCACCUCUUUGUUAAGUGCCCUAUGAAAAAAAAUAACUGAUGAUAAACCCUUUAUUGAAAGGCAGAAAGUUAUCUGCAAGAAAAGGAGUAUUGUUGGACUUCUCAAUUUGAGAUGUGAAAGAUGAAAUAUUAUGCUUCCUGACUGUCACAUCUCUGGGCUUUGGUGCUCAGUCCUGUAUUUCUGUUGUGUUGAAUUGCUGCUUGGUUAUUCUUCCUCUUCAAAUGGGUCUAGAAAUGUGUAAAGGUGGUUGUGUGUUUGGGAAAGUGUUGUUUCCAUCAGGGGGAGAAGUUUUUCCUUACAUGUCAGAUCUCCAUAUGGGAAAACACAAGUAUUACAAUUUCUAUAAAAAGCAAGCAAGGUGCGCUUUUCCUUUUCCUUUUUUUUUUUUUCCUUCCUCCUUUUCUUUUUUCCUUUUAAGAAGUAAUUGAAUCACAUGUCUGUGGUUUUAUGGAGGAAGAUAGUGACCAGGUGGAGAUGAGUUCAGUUUGCUGGUAUUCUAUUUAGUACUGUUGAUGGAUGCAAUUUUUUUUUUUCUUUUUUAGAUGUUUAAAAUUCAUCUCAAUUACUUUGUCUUGGUUUCUUUUUAUACUUAAGUACUGUGCGUAUGAUUUGCAUGUUUCAAUCAAAGGGAUUUGGAAGGAGAGCGCCAACUUGCUGUUUACAAAAAAAAAUGGAGAUAAAUGUACAUACAUUUUUGUAUGUUUAAAGAAAAAGCUAUACCAUGACUACUCAGGUUAGGAGCUGCUUGUAAGUAUAACAAGAUUAUUGUAAUACCUAUAAAAGAGUUUUAUUUUGUCGAUCAGUGGAGUGGGCGUCAUCGGGUAUACAGUUGAAGCAUUCCAGUAGUGUGUGCUUCUCCCGGCCUUGCUAUAAGAUAGUGAUGUACUGUAGGUUUCCAUCAGAGAAUAUCAGCAACUGGCACAUCCAACACCUACUUACCACGUAAGAGCGAUGCAAUUUGUACCAAAAAAAAAUUUUUUUUGGACCUCUAAGUAGACCUUAAGCUGGAUGCCAAAGGUUGUGCCUCAACAAGAGGAAAAAAAAACUGGCAAGGACAGUAGUUGUGCUAUUAAAGUUUACAUAACCCUUUUUACUUUGAAUGCAUUCGGCAUUUAACGACAUAAAACUGUAGCCCUUUAGAUGUCAACCCAUAAAAGGGAAAUGCCCAUUAUUUAAUCACUGAUCAACAGGGUACUGUUCAGGAUUAAACACUUGUUGGCUCAGUUUCAUUUAGCUGUGACAAACUGGCCACAUGCAAGAUGGCCCACCUGAUAUGUAGGCAACCUCAGAUAUCUGCAAUGUAGACACGCUUAAUAAUUUCUUUGUAUCGCUGACUUCCUUUAUUCGAUUGGUUUUAUUUACGUUUGCAGCCCUGUACCUGUCUGGACACGGCUUUAGUAUCAGUUUCAUGCAUUAAACACUCUUCAGUUCUAAGUUCUUGAUAUGACCCAGUCUUCUGUGACUGGGUUAUUCAUUUAUUUUAGUGUGUGCAAAAUAAAAAUUAGGCUGAGGCUACAUUGUUUGUACCUUGAUUGGGGAUUUGCAUUUGGGCACACAGGAUAACUACAGUUGUAGAGCAUAAGCUACUCUUCACAUCCCUUUUCUCCACUUCUCAUUUCAAAAUUCAAAAUAAACUUUAAUGUUGCCACUACCCUACAGCGGAAUAAAUGCUGGUGGUCUUUGUCAUUUAAUGCGCAAUUUAAAGACACUUUGUGCUGUACUGCUUGUAGUUGAAUAUGAGGAGACAUGGAAAAGUACUUACCAGCAGCAUGUUGUUACCACAGAGUUUAAGGCUGAAUCCUUAGUGAUCAAAUAUAAAGAUAUUGGGAACAAGUAAUUUACAUUUCACUUAAAAAUGAUGGUUGGAUAUAGAUGUUUAUUAGAAUGGGGAAAAAAAACACAAACCUGUUAUAUGGAGUGAACUCAAGGCCUUUAUUAAAAAAAAAAAAAAAAAAAAAACCUGGCACAUGUAUAAGGUUUCUAUGGGAAAUAGUAAGAAAAAGCCUACAU